UAAGAUUACAUGGUUGCGUUGCAGAUAAAUUCACCCCAGUCUGUUCUGAUAAAUCACCAAAGCAUCUACCUUAUACAUGAAGGCCUGAUUUUAAAGACUCUCAGAACCACUGAAAAGAAGCUGCAACUAAAUCCAUUAACUAUACUUUGAGCAUUUGAGAGCACGGAAAAAUUAAAUUAGUUUACGUAAAGUCGAAGAAAGAGAAUAUUAGAAGCUGCCGAGAAUCGUUAAUUCCUUAAAGUCUUGAAGUUAUGGUAUGUUAAAAAAUUGGAACUUAGUACAUAAGUGAAAUAUCUCACUUCAAGCUUAGCAAAGGCGUGAAUAUUGAAACGUUGAAUCGACAAGCAGCUGCGAAUUUUAAUAACUUAUCAAUGACAACAUCCCAAAAACAUCGCAGUUUUGUUUCAGAACCCAUUUCUGAAAAGGUUGUAGAAGAGUUACCAGGCAUCGGUGAAAAACUUGGAGAAAGACUCAAAGCUAAAGGGUAUGACAAAGCGUAUGUCGUCUUGGGACAGUUUCUUCUUUUGAGGUGCGAAGAAGAGUUAUUCAAGGAAUGGCUUUCACAAACAUGUGGUGCUAAUUCAAAACAGUCCGGAGAUUGUUACAAUGCCCUUAAAGACUGGUGUAGUUGUUUCAUUUUUUAAGUAGUGUACACUAAGAAUAUUAUGUAACAUUGUUAUACGCAUCUUAUUUUCCUCUACGUGCAUUUUGUUAAUAUUUGUUUUAAAAAUUUAUGCAUUGAAGUAUCCAGUGCAAUAUAUUGUACUCAUAUUUUCACCUUUAGAUUUUUUAGAUGAAUCGCGG